AUGGUCGUCUCAGAAACGACUACCCACGUCGCGAGAGCUGUCGAGCGCCUCUCCCUCCAGAUUGAACGAUGCAUCGCCGGCCGACGGCUCCUGCGGGGGCGGCUCCUCCACGGCCAUCUCAUCAAGACCUCGCUUGCCGUCAACACCUUCCUCGCCAACCGCCUCGUCGAGAUGUAUGCCAAGUGCGGCCAAAUCGCCGCCGCAGAGACGGCGUUCGCCGAGAUCCCGUCCAAGAACGCCUACUCCUGGAACACCCUUCUCUCUUCCUACUGCACAGCCAGUUGCCUCGAUUGCGCGAAGGCCCUGCUAGACGAAAUGCCUGAACCAAAUAUUGUCAGCUACAACGCCGUCAUCUCGGGGCUCACACACGAGGGGUGUCACCGCGAGGCAUUGGAGGCCUUCCGGAAGAUGCAGAGAGAGGGUAGCUCCAGACUCGCCGUCGACAAGUUCACGGUCGUGGGUGUCGCUGGUGCCUGCGGCGGCGCCGUCGAUCUGCGCUCCCUACAACAGAUUCAUGGCGCCGUGGUGUCCGUGGGGCUGCAGUUGAAUCUGAUAAUGAGCAACGCUAUGAUCGACGCAUACGGCAAGUGUGGGGAGGCAAGCACAGCGUGGGUGCUAUUCCAGAGGAUGGAGACGAGGGACGUUUUCUCCUGGACUUCUAUGGUCGGCGCAUACGUCUCUGCGGGACGGCUUGAAGAGGCUCACCAAUUGUUCGACAGAAUGCCAACGCGGAAUGCGGUCUCCUGGUCGGCACUGAUCACUGGCUACGCUCAGCACGGGCGGGGGGACGCUGCUCUGAAGCUAUUCAUGGCCAUGCUGGAGGGAGGCUUCGCCCCGACGGCCUUCGCACUGGUCUCUGCGUUGAGCGCUUGCACCUGCGCGGCGCUCGUCGGACGAGGGAGACAACUUCAUGGCUACAUAUCCAGGAGAUCUAUCGGAGGAGACCAUUCUGAGAACCUCUUCAUCCAGAACGCUUUGAUCGACAUGUACGCCAAGUGUGGGGACAUGGUUUGUGCGCUGAAACUGUUCGAGAGAAUGCGCAAGCGGGACAUUGUCUCCUGGAACUCCUUGGUGACAGGUUUUGCCCAGAACGGAGAUGGAGACCGGUCACUGGCUCUCUUCCAAGAGAUGAUAAGCUUGGGACUGAAGCCGAAUCAUGUCACCUUCCUCAGCGCUCUCUCUGCCUGCAACCACGCGGGUCUGGUCGCCGAAGCUCGGCAGUUGCUGGCGCUGAUGGGGGAGCACGGGGUGUGUCCUCAACAGGAGCACCACGCCGCCAUGGUGGACCUUCUUGGACGGAGCCGCCGGUUGAAGGAAGCAGCACAGUUGACGAUCUUUGCCGCGCCAGGCGACGGGAAACUAGACGGCGUGGGGUCGUGGGGCGCCAUCCUCGGCGCGUGCCGAGUGCACGGGGAUUUGGAGCUCGCGAGGAGGGCUGCUGAGACCCUUUUUGUCCUUGAGCCAUCCAAUGCCGGGAGGUACGUGAUGCUCUCCAACAUCUAUGCAGCCGCAGGCCAUUGGGAGGAGGCCAGGAAGUUGAGGAAGCUCAUGAAGGAGAAGGGCUUCAAGAAGGAGCCCGCUCGUAGCUGGAUUGAGGUGCAGAGCGUCAGGCACGAUUUUGUCGCAGAGGAUACUUCACACUGCCGAACAGAAGACAUCUAUCGCAUACUCACCUUCCUCGCUGACCACAUGAAGGAACCAGCUUCCUGCGACGAGUUGGUAGGUUCUCGACAACAGGAGGCGACUGCCGUCCUUCAAUGUCGAUAG